AUGUCAGCAGCUGUAGAGUUGAAAUCGCUUGUCAAAAGCCUCCAUGGCGCGUCAACGGAUGAGGAGGUGAUAGGUAUUUUAAAUACACUCAAGCAAGAGGCGAAGAUAACCGAAGCGAUCCUCAGAGAAAGCAAAGCAGGAUUGGCUGUGGGCAAGUUGCGCUCGCAUGCCGCCAAAGAAGUCGCAGAUCUUGCUAAGGAAAUCGUCAAGAAAUGGAAGACGGAAGUGGAGCGAGAGAAACACGGGGCAGGGGGUGCCACUAAAGCUGCUCCAGGAAAGAAUCCCGUCAUGAGGAAGGCUUCAACAAUGUCCGUUUCCACAGCGCCAACUACGCCCGUCACCCCGACCAUCGCUGGUGGCUCGAAGACUGAUCUCCGCACUGCCAAGGGUGAUGGUAUCAAGUCUGCAGUCACAGGUGAUAAGACGCGAGACAAGUGUCUUGAGCUCAUUUAUGACGCUCUGGCCUUCGACUCGGGUGCUCCGACUGAACUUAUCUUCUCUCGAGCAAAGAACAUCGAGAGUGCUGUGGUCUCAGAGUUCGGCGGCACUACUGCGGCAUACAAGAGCAAGAUUCGCUCUUUGUUUGUGAAUCUCAAGGACAAGAACAACCCUGGCCUGCGAGAAAGUGUCGUAACUGGAGAUUUGCCCGUGCAAAAAUUCUGCAAGAUGACCAGCCAGGACAUGGCUUCUGAAGAGAGGAAAGCUGCGGACAAGAAGAUCGAGGAAGAGAACUUGUUCAAAACUCUUGGUGCUGAAGACGCGCAGGCCGAAACGGACGCCUUCCAAUGCGGACGAUGCAAGCAGCGAAAGUGCCGAUACCGUCAAGCACAGACCCGAAGUGCGGAUGAGCCGAUGACUACGUUUGUAACCUGUACUGUUUGUAACAAUAGAUGGAAGUUCUCAUAA